AUGUUUAGGAAAAGAAAUGGAUAUUUUGACAAGUUAGAAUGUCCAGAGCUACGUAAGAACAAAAAGUGUACGAUUCUCAAUUGUAUUUUUGACCAUGAAUUGGAACAGAAAGAAAUCAAUUCUAGGAAAAGGUCCCUAGAGACUGAUGAAUUGCCAAAACCGGUUAAGAAACCUGAUAAGCCAGAUAAACCUAUAUCGGAAGUAGAGAAACCACAAGAUACCUCCUAUACCAUCCCAAAGGCUAUAAAUCAUUUACAAAUACCCAGGUCAGAUAGAACAAUCAAUGUCAAAAGGAUUGCUAAUUAUUAUCUCAGUUUGAAUCACGACACACCGAACAAAGAUGCAGUUGAAAAAGAACAUGAAAUUGCAGAUAGCAGUAAUAACUUAGAGAAAUAUAGGGCCCUUAUUACGGCAUUGUUGGAAGAAGACAAAGAAACAAGGGGUGAAGAUCCGAAAUUUAUAUUACCAAAAGAGAUCAAGCUGACAGCACCUGCAACAAUUCAAGUUCGGAAAAAAUUUAUCCAGGUUAUGAUUGAUGCAUUGAAGAAGACUGAUCCUAAUAUACGAACUCCUAUACUAAAGGCUACUGAAGAAGAGUUUAAUGUGGCUACUGAGUGCACGGCAAAUACUUAUCCACAAUCAAUUAAGAGGAAAAUUUAUGAAUUGAGAAACCCAGAGAAAUUUGAGAAGAAGUCUAAAAAGCUUACCGAAUCGGAGUAUCUUUCUAAGUUAGAGGAAUUAGUCAUACCAAGAGAAACACUCAUAAAAUAUGGGUAUAUCAUGAAUAUCCCUAAUUCGGUGGUACCAGAAAAUAUCAGAACAUGUAGAAGAUGUAACAAUGAAUUCAAGCUACACGAACAACUAAAGCCCAUACAAUGUCAUUAUCAUUCUGGAAAAGUAAUUAAGAAAGACUCAUUUAAUAAAGUAUACGAAUGUUGUGGAGGUAUAGUUGGCGGCGAAACAGAUUGUUGUGAAGUUUCAGAACAUCAUGUCUUUUAUUGGAAUAGUCCAGAGGAGAUGCAAUAUGCAUUACCAUUUCAUAAGACAAGUGAAUUGCUUGGUGUGAAUAGCCAAAGUUUUAAAGCUGUCGGCAUUGAUUGCGAAAUGGGGUUUACUACUAGAGGCUUCGAAUUAUUGAGAAUUACAGCUGUCGAUUUUUUCAGUGGCGAAGAUAUUAUUGACAUUUUAGUCCGACCAAAGGGGGAUGUUAUUGACCUAAAUACGAGGUGGUCUGGAAUUGCAGAGAUUAAGGAAGAAGCAAUGAAUUUUGAGGAUCUGAUUCAACUUCUAGGUGAAGUUAUCGAUUCUAACACCAUUUUAAUUGGUCAUGGACUUGAAAAUGAUGUGAAUUCUAUGAGACUUAUACAUGAAAGAAUAAUUGAUACUGCCGUGUUAUAUCCGAAGCACAAGACAUCUCCUAAGUUCAGAUUCCCUCUUAAAUACUUAACUUUCAAGUAUUUAGGCAGAACUAUUCAAUCAGGAGAACACGACAGUAGUGAAGAUUCUCUUGCUGCUAUUGAUGUAGUUAAAUAUUUUAUAAAUCAAGAACCAUAG